CGAUAUUCUUGUGGAUUAUGUAAACGAGCAUUUUCGAAACCUUCAGAUUUGCAACGACAUGAAAGAAUUCAUACAGGUUAAUCUUGAUUGUGAAAAGCCAUAUAAAUGUGAAGUUUGUGAUCGCUCAUUUCGUGUUAAAUCAACACUUUCUCAACACCUUAGGGUGCAUGAAAAAGUUGCACCGCAAGAAAUUUGCGCAGUUUGCAACAAAUGUUAUUGCUCGCAGUCUGCAUUAAGAAAACAUUUAAGAACUACACAUGCUGGUGAAAUUUUGCAAAAGUACGGUUUUUACGGUUUUAAUUGUUUAAGUUAA